AUGCCCGAUAUAACAAGCUUUCUCUAUAAAGGGAGGGAACCUAUUAAUUUUACUGAUAUUUCCACAGAUUCGGAGGAGAUUACUUUAAAUGAUGAGAUAAAUGUAGUUGUGAAUAUACUGAAUGAGAAAAUUUCUUUAUUUGAUCAGUGCCUCCAAGAGUAUGGGGAUAUGCAUAGAUGUGAUAGUAUUUCUGAAUGCUGUAAGCAGUUUGGUAUGAAAUAUUUUGGAGAAACGAGCAACUGUUCACCUAAAAAUCUAUCAUCUAAUGAUCCUAUGAAUGAAGAUGAAAAGGAAUCAUAUUCACAUAUUCUUUCUAACCAUGAUAGUCAUUUUAAGAAUGAAAGAAGUAGCCACAACAAGUUGUGUACUGAUCUUCUUGGAAAAUCAAAUUCUCUAAAUGUUACUCAUGACAAAUUUUAUGGUAUUGAAACUACGCUUGAUCAAAUGGAUGUAGGAUUAAGAAAUGAUUCUGUAAAAGAUAAUCAUCUAGUAAAUGUUUAUUCAAAAGAUCUGAUUUCAUCUGUUGGAACAUCAAAUCAAUUGAUUAAUAAUAGUGAUGACGAUGCAAACCACUCAAAUUCUAACGUUUUUCAGCCAGUUACUUCAGCCAGUUUGGUCGAUUCCUCUAUAGUUAAGUCUCUUUCUGAUGAUAAUUCAGCUGUUUUCGAUGUACCUUAUAACGAAGAAAUGAUACAAGCCUCUGACAACCCUAUCAGCGAUGGCAGAAGUAAAAAUAUUAUUGACAACAGGCUAUCCCACCAAGGCUGCCAAAUUGAUAAGUGUGAUCACAAUUACUUCUCUUCAGCUGAAUUAACAAUGACAGUUGGAAAUGAUGCAGAUCCCCAUCAUUGUAUGCUACAUAAUUCUGUGGAACCAGAGAAAAAAAAUCACGUUUGUGAUGAUGUAUAUAAGUAUGCUCAUGAUAAACAUUCUGAUGGUAAUAGCAUUGAACUUUUUAAUGUUGCUUGUCAUGAAGUCUGCAAUCCUAAUAUGAUCAAUGAUUAUAAUGUUGAUAAUAGUGAAAAGAUUCUUAAGAAUAGCUAUAUUUUCCACCGUGGCGAUUCUGUUAAUUGUAGUUACGUGAUUGGUGAUAAAACUAACGGUGUUACUAAUGAAAAUGUUAUUUUAAAUAAGGCUAUUAAUGAUAAUGGCGUAUGUCAUAAUGCUGGUAAAGGUGUUGAAACUCUUGAUAAUUCAUUUGCUAAAGAUGAGAUGAAAAGUAGCGUUGCCAAUAAUUGUGUAACUGAUGAUCUUAGAAAGUGUAAUGAUGAGUCAGAGCAAUCCAUCUCGAAAAUGAUUUCUACUGUAACAUCUAAUGAUGGAUGGUUGUCAGCUAUUCGUUUUCCUAGAGAUAAUAAUUUGACAAAAACACAAGUUGGUAGGACAAAUAAGGUGAUCUGUAACAAAACUUCUGAAGGUAUGAUGUCUCAAAGAAAUAGUUCUAACGCAAAUUUCAGUAAUGUUUCUGAAUGCGAUAGUAUUAUUGAAAAUAAUGUGAAUAUAACAUCUAAAAAUAUGUGUAAUAAUAAAAAUUUCGAAAAAACUAAAAAUGCUGAUGAGAGUAUCUCUAUUGUGAGCUGUCACAUUGUUAACAAAAAAAUUAAGCUGUCUCCUGACACGGCACACAAUCAAAAUGUUUUGAGAAGCUUACAACCAGAAUGUCCGAAUGAGAAGAAAUUACAAAUGUCUUAUUCUGAUAAGAUCAAAUCUUUGCUAAAUCAAUGCGAUGAUGGAGUUAAUGGCAAUUAUCAGAAAGAAAAUUUGUUUGUUGAAAAUAUUAUGUACCAGCCUGCAUCAGACAAUGAUAUUACUCCCAACAGGCAUGCACCACAAAAAGCUAACAAAUCUUUUCCGGAUGAAUCAAUAAAGCAAAAACCUAAAAUGGCACCCAACUAUAAAAUAGUUAAACAGCAAGAAAUAAAGUUUAGAAGUAUCGAGCAGUUGAUUCUUUUGAAAGUCAUUGAACCAGGUGCUAAUGUUCUAUCUAUCCAGCGUGAAAAAGUAAAUCAUUUGGCGAGCAUUCUGCCUGAUGGUUUAAUAUUGGAAGAUAAAAGUGGAAGAGUACACAACAGCUUGAUUUCCUGGUAUCGAUUCAUCACUAAUAGCAAACAAUCUAAAAUCGCAAUGAACCAAUUGAUGGAGGUGAAAUAUGACGGCAAACCACUUGCACUGAGACUAAAAGAAGCUAAUUAUAGAAGAUCAGAAAUAACAAAUAUCGUUCACAAUGACGCGAGUGAGAGAUGCAAAAUGGGUAUCAAAGAAAAUCCUUCUUUGCUCGUUAACAAGAGAAAUAAAAAGACGGACCAAUGGGAAGUAAAGCCAAAAAUAAACUUCCAAAUGAUUCGAUUGGUUUUAAAUGAACAUUUAUUUCCAUACAAUCCGCGUGAAUGGAACGAUGUGCAAGCCGACUCUGAUGAUGCUCAGGACAUCAUUGCUCUGUUGAGACCUGGCCUACCACGAACCAUCAUGUUAGGCUGCAUUGUUAUGUGCCACUAUUUUCAUAUCGACGCGUUUUUGAGGCAGCGCCAAGUUGUAAAUUAUUAA